CUUCACACACACUUCUCUCGUUUCGCAAUCAGUGCAACGGCUUGAUGAAUGGUUGAUUGCUCUGGCGUGGUUCGUUGGAUGAUAAUUUGAGUCGACCAUUCAGUGUAUCUUGCUGUUGCUAGCCAAAGAUGGUUUUCACUAAGGAAAAUGCCAUGAUCGGCAUUAUCGGCAUGGGUGACAUGGGCAAGAUGUAUGCCCAGCGUUUGAGCAUGGCAGGGUGGAGGAUAAAUGCAUGUGACAAGCCCGAUAGUUUUGAAAGCCUGAAAACAGAAUUUGCUGCUCAAAAAGGUGUCACAAUCUACCCGAAUGGACACCUAGUUUCAAGAAUAAGCGACUUCAUUAUAUACAGUGUAGAGGCCGGAAUGAUUAACAAGGUAGUGGCGGAAUAUGGCCCAUCUACCAAGGUCGGUGCCAUUGUCGGUGGCCAAACAUCUUGCAAAGCUCCUGAGCUGGCCGCAUUUGAUGAACAUCUCCCUUCGGAUGUAGAAAUUGUAUCCUGCCACUCGCUCCAUGGCCCUAAAGUCAACCCGAAAGGUCAACCACUGGUCUUAAUACAGCACCGUGCAUCGGACGAGAGUCUUCAUUUCGUGGAAAACGUCCUGUCAUCCUUCGAAUCCAAAUUCGUUUACCUGACUGGCGCUAUGCACGACCGAAUCACCGCAGAUACACAAGCUGUGACGCAUGCAGCCUUCCUGAGCAUGGGAACCGCAUGGCGAGCGAAUAAUCAAUUCCCGUGGGAGAUAUCUCGUUGGGUAGGGGGAAUCGAGAACGUAAAGAUCAAUAUCACUUUACGCAUCUACUCUAAUAAAUGGCACGUCUACGCUGGUCUGGCUAUCCUUAAUCCGAGUGCGAGGGAACAGAUACGGCAGUAUGCUGAAUCGGUGACUGAGCUGUACAAAUUGAUGAUCGAGGGUCGUCGAGAGGAGCUUAAGCGACGUGUCAAGGCUGCAGGCGCAGCCGUCUUCAGAGCCGGCACCGAGGGACAGGAUCUGUUGCUGAAGGACGAAGUUCUUGACCGUUUCUCGCUCUCGAACGGACCUCGUGAGGAGACCACCCCCAACAGUCAUCUUAGUUUGCUCGCAAUUGUUGAUUGCUGGUCAAAGCUCGGAAUUGUUCCUUACGACCAUAUGAUCUGUUCUACACCUCUCUUUCGUCUUUGGUUGGGAGUUACGGAGUACCUUUUCCGCAACCCAGAUCUACUUGAUGCGGCAUUGGAUACUGCUAUUGACGACAAGAUGUUCCGUUCUGACGAUUUAGAAUUUACAUUUGCGGCUCGGGCAUGGUCAGACUGUGUUUCAUUUGGCGAUUUUGAGUCCUACCGCGAUCGAUUUGAGCGGAUUCAGGGAUACUUUGCUCCCCGUUUCCCUGAUGCCGUCAAGCUGGGCAAUGAAAUGAUGAAGACAAUCCUCGAGAAGACGACAAGCAACUAAGCUUUCCAGGAAGGAAGGAGGCCAACGGUACCUGGGUAUGUCACAUAUGAAGCCGAGGACGGUCAAGAAGCAAGCGAGAGUUAUCAUGAGAGUAACCCGGAUUAAGGCUCUCUAUAGAGUCUGAGAGAACAUAAUCUCAGGCAUAUCACUCAUCAUAUCACCGGAUUUGAUCGAGAUGUGGCAGUCAGUAGUAAUACUAGAGUAUGCUACAUGUAAAUAAUACCGUGAAGGUUCCGUCGUGGCUAAUGAUCUACAGGAGGUCGUAACAAUAAUGACAGUCUCUACAUUAGAAGAUCCUUGAUAAAGCAGCAUAAGUCUGAGCAUAAGGAAUUGCAUUUGGAAUUAUACUAAUAACUAGCCUCAAUACAUGGACAUUUUUUGAGAUCGAAAUCCACCUCAGUAGCUUUCCCGCCGGUGUAAGAUAAAAAGUAAUAUGCUAUUCAUACAGCGUUGAAGUGCAGUAUGAGCCCGUUCUUAAUCAUGCCCUCGCACCCUGUCACCCUGCCUUGUC